CGGCUCUGUGAGAUCUGACUCGUCAGGGAAAACGGCGGCGCUGCGCCGGCGGGAUGGCUCUGUUUAAGUUUAUAAGUGCGAUUGUAACUAGAGUUUUAUUUAUCCUAGUCUCUCUGAUCGGACUCUUGAGAGUGACAUGGGUGAUGAAAGAUCCCAAUUACUGGUUACUGACUCUCCUCUUAUUGCCUCUUGUUAUUGAAAUGAUAAUAACUCUAAAGCGACGUCAAGGAAAGGAUUACAAAUGGCUUUCUCCUCCCAUCUUAACAUUUCUGAUCUGUAUUAUUCCCUCCAUCUGGAUCCUGGAGCUUGAUCAUCAUCUGAACACGGACAAUGAACGUGAGUGCAAAAAGCUUGACUCUUUGGAUAAUUUGCUUGGGCUGGUUAAUCAGAACAAGAUGGGAGAAAACCAAACGGACCACGAUUAUUUUAAGAAAAUUAACUACCUUUUUUCGGCUGUCUGUUCCGAUGACUGGAUCCUGGCUCUUCAUCAGAUCGUGCUCAUCCUCGUCAUUGUAGGAAAGUGGCUCCUCCCCCUUGGAGGUGGAGUCACAAGAGACGAACUGUCUCAACUCCUCUUAAUUUUUGUUGGUACAGCAGCAGACAUCCUGGAAUUCACCAGUGAAACCCUGAGAGAUGUCAAAGAAGAAAGUUUUCUGCUGGUCCACAUCAUCUUAGCUGUGUGGACAUGGAGCAUGUUGCAAUUUCCCCUACAUCUGGCUGUGGUGAAUUCUGCAUCAGAGAGUGAGGGUGAUAUGGGCAUCCAGGAAGACACCUUAUUGGCUAGACACAGCACUGACAUUUGGAGCAUCGUGGAGGCCUUGUUUAUCCAGGACGGCCCUUUCCUUGUGGUCCGGCUCACCGUAAUGACCCACUUUCGUGUCUUCCACCAGAUGCUUGCUUUCUUUGCUUUCAAAAACUUCCUAGUGGUCAUACUGAAUUUGUACAGGUUGGCUGUUAUAUGUCAGGACUUCAGACCUUCCAGCCACAACCCUAUGAGUAGCAGUUCCGUCCCAUAAGUCAUGGAAUUCCUGGAGAUGAAAAUGUGUCACGCUCAAAAUGUUAUAGUAAUGGACAGGUAAAAAGGAGCAGGGGAAAGAAGGACAAACUUGAAAAAAUAAAAUGCUGUUGACAGGUGAAAACAUGAUGGGAUAAUGUUUACAUUUCACUUGUCUGCAAAUUCAUUUAAAACUUUGUCUUACUGAUAUUUUGAACCCUCCAGAAGUCAGUCAAAAUCAGUGCUUCGCCUGUGUACAGUAUGUCUGUAUUAGUGCAUGAACACUGUUGAAAAAGUUAGUUUAAGUCAUGUAUAGAGUGUCUGGUUUUGACAGAUUAACUGAUGUGGCAACUGUCAGAAAGAGGAUUCCGCCAAAGAAGGAAAUAGAGCAGAAGGAGGAGGUGGGAAAACUGUACUGUACUAUAAAUUAUGCACAUUACUGAGACUGCCAUCACAAUUAGAGUAGAACAAAAGAAUGACCUGUGUUUGUUAUUAUAGUUCUCAUAAAAUCCAUAUUGAAGAUUAGAUAAUAAUCUUACAUAAGCAUUUGCUGUCUGAUUCAGAGGAAGUGAGGGUGGCAUGUGCAGGAAGCAAGUCAGGCUUACAGAUAAGACAGGGAACAAAGGCUGUGAAAUGUUAACAAACUAUGAUGAGAAAGCAAAUUUUCUGUUCCAAAAUUAUAAGAAAUCAUCCUGUCCUUCUACCUGAGAAACAUAAUAUCACAACCUUGGAUUUUUAUUUUUAUUAUUUUUUUUAAGAUUUUGGAGAUAUACUAAUCAUGUCACCCUAGAAAUUUUUUUAACUGUUUUUACUAUUGUGUAAUGUAUACUCAUGUAUAGAGCUUUAAAUGGGUUGUGCAUUUGGCAUAACCAAUUUAGACUCUUCAUUGUUUAUAUAAUGUCAAUGAAUCAGUGUAUUUCAUGAUUUAAAAUGAAAAAUAUACAGUGCAACUAAAAAUAUACAAAAUGUUUUAUUAUUUUUGUUAACAACUACUAUAAAUAGUAAGAACAAACAUGGAUGUCUCCCAUCUAUGGAUGUCAGUGCACUGACACUUAUAACCUUCAACUUUUGACUGUAGAUGAAUCAGACUCGUCUGUCUGAAUGAUUGCAUCAGCAUCUAUUUUAGGACAGAAGGGUGUUCAGUUCCAAGUAAAAGCACUGCAGACGAUGUCAAACUGUCAUGAGUUUUUCAGUCAUUCGCUGACUUAUAAGAAGCCAAGAUCAUCAGAGCUCCUCUCUCUCUCUGACGUGCAUGUUUUUUUUUUUUUGUUUUUUGUUUUUUUUUUCCUGGCAAAUACCAAAAUGUAUAAUAAUUUGAACCUGCAUACUAUUUGAAUGUCUGACGUAAACAUUUUUAAUGUUUCCUUAUCGCAUUGAAAGAUUCUUUGCAUGUAAAGAUUUAUUAAAACAGUGAAA